CGAGGAGUAUUUAAAUAUUCUGUAUAAUCUGUGAUCUGUUGGACUGUUGCAGUUAGCUCGCAGCUGUCAGUUGACAGACGUAAGACAGAGAGAUCGAUUGUUGUACUUGUAGAUAGAAAUGAUUGUAUGAUAACAAACAAGUUGUAUUUCGUAUCAAAUCGAAUAGUUACAGAUGAUGUGCCUUCUACUGCAAGCGCCACAAGGGAGACUAGUUUUAUUGUGAACCGAGUACAAGCCGUACCUGUGUAUUAUUGAUAGUAUUGUUAUGUUAUUGUGGAGACAUGGAUAAUUUCUUCACGGACUUUACCAAAAAUGACAUGUUCGCGAGCUGGUGCGUAGUGUUGCAGACGGCGAGCCGCCCGCCAAGCGCGCCGCGCCCUCCAUCCGCGUCGGCGCCGGCUUCAAGUGGAACCUGCAGGUCAGUGGACAGUAGCAGUACUGCAGUACUAGGUCCGUGUAGCAGGACAGUACAGGACGAGGCAUGUCUGCAGACGCUGGCGGCAGCGGCGGACGCGGUGGAGUGCGGCGGUAAGUCCCCGGUGUCGGCGCUGAACGAGCUCGGCGUGCGCGUGGCGUACUGCGUACUGCGGCAGGGCGGGCCGGCGCACUGUCCCAGCUUCCACGUCGCCGUCACCGUGGCGGACCUCCGCUUCGAGGGCUGCGGACACUCCAAGCGCGAGGCCAGGGCCGCGGCCGCCCGCGCCUGCCUGUCGGCUCUGCUCGCCAGGGCGGGGCGCGUGCUGCCUCCGCCCGCGCCCCCCACCGCGCACCCGCGCGCCCCCGACUUCACGAGCGACGAGCCGCACAUGUUCCCCCCCAUGUCAGAGUUCCAGUGCCCGGCGCCGAUGCAGUCGCUGCCGCCGGCGCCCGCCCCCCGCGUAUCCCCCGCGCCCCUGGCGCUCCCGAGCACAGAGCUGAGCAACGGCUCCAGUAAGCCGGUGGAGAUGGCGGUGGACAGCUCGGCCGCUCUGUUCGGCGCCGGGGGCGGGGGCGCGGCGCUGAAGAGUCCCAUCAACGUGUUGUACGAGAACUACUCCGGCCUCACGUUCACCUGCACCUUCGGGGACGGCUCCCCGCUGACCGCGCCGCAGGGGUCGAGCAAGAAGCUAGCGAAGUUGGCGGCGGCGCGCUCCGCCCUGGCCGCGCUGGAGGAGGGCGGCGGCCCGCGGAGCGACCCCCUGCCCGCCCAGCACGGCCUGCACCAGACGCUCGCCGACCACAUCGGCAAGCUCGUCAACGAGAAGUUCAACGAGCUCAUGAAGAACGACGUCGUGCACUCGAAGCGCAAGGUGCUGGCGGGCAUCGUCAUCACGACGGGGGGCCGCGCGGAGGGCGCGCGCGUCGUGGCCGUCACCACCGGCACCAAGUGCGUGUCGGGCGAGCACAUGUCGGUGUCGGGCCGCGCGCUCAACGACUGCCACGCCGAGGUCGCGGCGCGCCGCUGUCUGCAGCGCCAUCUGUACGCGCAGCUCGCGCAGUACGCGCGCGCCGCGGACCCCACCGUGCCCAUCGAGGACAACGACCUCGAGCCGCUGCCGGGCGGCGGCUACCGGCUGAAGCCGUCCCGGCAGGUGCACCUGUACGUGAGCACGGCGCCGUGCGGGGACGGGCGCAUCUUCUCGCCGCACGAGCCGCACCUGGCGGAGCCGGACCGGCACCCCAACCGGCUGGCGCGCGGCCAGCUGCGCACCAAGAUCGAGUCGGGCGAGGGCACCAUCCCCGUGAAGAACUGCCACAACGUGGUGCAGACGUGGGACGGCGUGAUGCAGGGCGAGCGCCUGCUGACCAUGUCGUGCUCGGACAAGGUGGCGCGCUGGGCCGUGCUGGGCCUGCAGGGCGCGCUGCUGUCGCGCCUGCUGCGGCCCGUGUACCUGGCCUCGCUCGUGCUGGGCUCGCUGCUGCACCCGCACCACAUGUACAGAGCGAUCUGCGGUCGUAUCGAGGCGUACCUGUCGUGUCUGCCGCCCCCCUACCAGCUCCAGCGCCCCCUACUGUCGCGCGCCGCCAGCACCGAGGCCCGCACGCCGGCGCGCGCGCCCUCCUUCAGCGUCUGCUGGGUCUGCACGCACCAGGUACUGAACCCACUACACUACACUGCACGGUACACACAGACAGGACAGCACAAUAACUCCCCGCCCUGGCCGCAGCUGCCCGAGGUGAUCAACGCGACGACGGGCAAGCUAGAGAGCGGGCAGCCGUCCCUGCUGUGCAAGCAGAGCAUGUUCGCCCGCUGGCAGUACCUGGCGCGCCGCCUGCCGCCGCUGCCGCAGGACGCCGACCUCGACCUGCUCACCGCCCGCGCCGACCACGACCUGGCGGCCGACGCGGCCGGCCCCGCGCCCGCGCCGCGCCCGCCGCGCCCGCCGCGCCCCCCCGCGCCCCUCGACGUCUCCGACACGCUGCUGUACAACGAGGCCAAGCAGAUGUGUCCCGCGUACCAGCUCGCCAAGAAGCGGCUGAUCGAGGCGUUCGAGAAGGCGAAGCUCGGGAGCUGGAUCAAGCGGCCGCUGGAGCAGGACCAGUUCGUGUGCGAGCUCACGGACGCCGACCCCGCGCUCCUGUUCACUUAGGCGGGCCCACAGUCCGCGCCGUGUGGCGCCGCGCCCCCGCGCCCCCGCCGCGCGCGCCCCCGCGGCGAGGGCUGAGCGCGCGCGCCGGGGGCGGGCGAUGAUGUCUGCCAAAGCUGUCGCUAGCAGUGUUCCGAGACGCGGCCCGUCGGCCCCGGCCGGCCCGGCCCCGGCCCGCCCGGCCCCGGCCGGCCCGCGCUUUGGCAGUGGAUCAUGUCGCGGCGCCACACGAGCUCGGUGUAGACCAACCUUGGAGGCAGAGUACACUCCCUGCGCCGCACUGUCCCCGCCCUGUCACUCCCCGCCCUGCCACCGCGCGCACUGCCCGCCGCAGUUACUCACAGACAUAUCGCGCGCCCCGGUGCUGCGCGAUGUUUUCUCCGCUCCGCGUCUGUGUAAGUCGUGUCCGGCUGUGUAUGGCUGUGUAUGGCUGUGUACGGGUGUGUAUGGCUGUGUACGGGUGUGUAUGGCUGUGUACGGGUGUGUAUGGCUGUGUAUGGCUGUGUACCGGAGCGGACUAGACAUGGCGCAGCGUGCGGCGCGCUGAUUGUCUCCGAGUAGCGCGGCGUGUGUCGCUAUAUAAUAUAUCGCUAUAUAUACCAUAAUAUAUAAUAUAUUGUAUCGCCCGGUCAAUUGUGAGUGCCAUGUGUCUACUGUAUACCUGCAUAUAAUAAUAAUAAUGUUGAUUACUCCUGUGUGUGGACGCCGCGCCCCGCGCCCCGCGCCCCGCCCCGCGCCGGGACGAGUCGUCACUAUACCAAAGAUUGCAAGUAGUCUGUUUGUAUUAUAUCGAUCAGUCGCCGAGUCCCCGCGCCGCGCCGCCGGGCGGUCCAUUAGUGUAUUGCAUGUUGUUGCUGACUUAUAACACGGUACUAUUCACAAGCCUGUGUUAGUCUCACAGUCUCACACGUUCUGUCUCAGUCUCACAGAACACAUUUAGGCCCUCAAUGCAUCUGUACCUCCUCUCGUGUUCCGGGUGUAUAUUGACGGCGACGAUCCGUUUAAAUAUAUAUAGAAGGUUUGUGAAUAGUACACAUAUUAUAGUUAUGUACCAUUUUUUGUUUGUUUGUCCUUUCCCUGUGUAGUUACCGACCGAAUGUAGUCAAAGUGUGUAGUGUGGGUUCAGUUCCCGUGUAGAGACCUAUAUUUUAUAAAGUUGACAUGAUAGAUUAUUACGUCUCACUCACACUGACGCAGUCAGUCGGUGGCCACACACGUACGAGUUAACUUAUUGUGUGUGUGUGUGUGUGUGUGAUGUCUGAACAUGUCGGUGAUACAACACAAAGAACGUAUUGUUAAGAGUAUUUUUUUAAAUAAAGCUUGUAACACACUCGUAACGUCUGCGUCAGUCAGCGCUCCGUGUAUUCUAGUCUGUUCUCAACUUAACUUAGCAUAGAGCCAACUCCAUCGGGGGAUCUCUUAUGUAGUAAAUAUUAAAAUCGUACAAUUAGCUAGUUUGAAUAGUCGGUAAGUCGAUUCUAAAUCAAAGAUAUCAAAAUUAGUUGUUUAUAUUUUUUGAAUUUAUCGCGAGUUGUGAGUGAACGCACAAGAGAUAAUCUGAGUGAGAUCUGAGGAUGUAGUGAGUAGUGUUAGUCAAUCAAGUUUAGUGUAAUAAUGAGUGAAUUAUAUUGUAGUUAGACUAAUUAUUGUAAUUAACAAAAAUCAUUGAGAGUUACUUAGUAUAAGAUUCUGUAAUUGCAUAAUUUGGCACAAAUCUGUGAUCCCCUGUAAUGUAAGACCAAACGAAACGAGCCAUGAUGGUUACGUAGCGCCAUCUAGUUGUAAGGUCCGGAACUAUUUGCUCUGUUAUUGAUGUUGUUCUACUAGAUGGCGCUACUUUGCAGCGGUACGUUACGAGCUGUCAAUUGUACCACGUUAUGAUAGUUGCUUAGUUUAUAACUUUAUAAUAUUAGUUAAUAUAAUAAUGUAAUAUUGAUGGCGCCGGGCGUCACUCGCUCGACUACUGUAAGCUCAAGAUUAAGUUGAAUAAAUCAGUUUGUAUGCAGUGCCGACUAUUAUUUCGCUCUCCUGUUUUACCACCACUAAACCAUCUCUUAACUAAGUGUUACUU